CCUCUAACUGGAUUGGGGGAAGGCAGGAAAACUCCCGGUCCUUUCCCACAGAGCCUCAGCCAGUGAUACUGCUUCCCGGAUGAGAAGGGCAGCCCUGAGGCCGAAGCACAGGCAGCCGCAAGGCCCGCAAGGCCGUCGUCCCUCCAGCCUCCUUGCAGCUCCCCGAGAGUCCAGACCCUCUGCCUCCAGGACCGAGGUGCCCCAAGGAAACUCAGACCCAGGAUCUUUCCCCAAAGCCUCCUGGUCCCGGAGCCCUGCGACCUAGGGGACACAGAGCUGCUUUCCAACCUCCUUUCUCCUCCAGCACUCCCUUCUCCCCGCCAGGCAUUUGCUGGUCCUCAUGUCGGUCACGGCCAGCAUGGAGGCCGGGCCCUCCGUCGGGGUCGCUGCGGGGCCCACGAGCGACCUUGGCGAGGUCCACAACUGGACCGACCUGCUCUACUUCUUCAACCACUCUCUGCCCGAGUGCCAGGUGGAGCUCAGCGAGAGCACCAAGCGGGUGGCCCUCUUUGUCCUCUACCUGGCCAUCUUCGUGGUGGGGCUGGUGGAGAACCUCCUGGUGAUCUGCGUCAACUGGCGCCGCUCGGGCCGGGCGGGCCUGCUGAGCCUCUACGUCCUCCACAUGGCCAUCGCGGACCUGGGCGUCGUCCUGUCCCUGCCCGUGUGGAUGCUGGAGGUCACGCUGGACUACACCUGGCUCUGGGGCAGCUUCUCCUGCCGCUUCAGCCACUACUUCUACUUCGCCAACAUGUACAGCAGCAUCUUCUUCCUGGUGUGCCUCAGCAUCGACCGCUACGUGACCCUGGCCGGUACCUCGCCCGCCUGGCAGCGCCACCAGCACCAGGCGCGGCGGGCGGUGUGUGCGGGCGUCUGGGUGCUCUCGGCCAUCAUCCCGCUGCCCGAGGUGGUCCACAUGGAGCUGGUGGAGAGCUCCGAGCCCAUGUGCCUCUUCAUGGCACCCUUUGAAAGCUACAGCGCGUGGGCCCUGGCGGUGACCCUGUCCACCACCGUCCUGGGCUUCCUGCUGCCCUUCCCUCUCAUCACGGUCUUCAACGCGCUCACGGCCUGGCGGCUGAGGCGGGCGGGGCGGCCCGAGAGCCGGCGCCACUGCCUGCUGGUGUGCGCCUACAUCGCCGUCUUUGCCGUCUGCUGGCUGCCCUACCACGUGAGCCUGCUGCUGCUCUCGCUGCACGGGGCCGACAUCUACCUCCACUGCUACCUGGCCCACCUGCUCUUCUUCUUCUACGACGUCAUCGACUGCUUCUCCAUGCUCCACUGCGUCCUCAACCCCAUCCUGUACAACUUCCUCAGCCCCGGCUUCCGGGGCCGGCUGCUGAGUGCCGUGGUCCACUACCUUCCCAAGGCCCAGCCCGGGGCGGGCAGACGGGCCUCGUCUUCCUCCUCCUCCACGCAGCAUUCCAUCAUCAUCACCGUGGAGGGCGCCGGGCCCACGGCUGCGGGCCCCCACCACCCCAGCCUGCACUUCCAGGCACCAGACACCUCACCCAUCUCCGCUCCUCAGUCUCUUACAGCCAGCUGAGGUGGGUCUCGCUCUCCUCCCCCAUGAAGUAGAAAGCUGGAGGUGUCGGUGAGAGAUUGGGGGGGGCGGGGGGGAGACGGGGGAACAGGGAAAAGGGUCAAAGUACUCAUGGUCGGUCCACUGGAGUCUACCUUAUACCUGGA